AGAAAUCUACCCUUGCCUGGAGUGAUAGAAAGCAGCUGCCUCUGCAGUUCUGGGAGAUCUGCUGUGCCCACUUCCUUCUCCAGGCUCCCCCUGCACCCUGCAUCUGUGGUCAUAAUAUGGCGAUGCACUGCGCAUUCCCAAGACCUCUGCAGCAGCUGCUGCUGCCCAAAUACAUGGAGGCCAGCAGCACACUAGGCUCUUGCCUGCUGUCUGACCAAGACCUUUCUGGGUGACAGUCUAAGUGUGAUGCGAUUGCCUUCGUUUCAGUUUUGGGAGGUGAUAAGCGAUGAGCAUGGCAUCGACCCCACUGGCAGUUACCAUGGCGACAGUGACUUGCAGCUGGAGAGAAUCAAUGUGUACUACAAUGAAGCUGCUGGCAACAAAUAUGUACCUCGGGCCAUCCUAGUGGACCUGGAGCCAGGCACCAUGGACUCAGUGAAGUCGGGACCAUUCAGCCAGAUCUUCAGGCCAGACAACUUUGUGUUCGGUAUGUCGUCAUGCUCUAGGAGAGCUGCCCAGCUGACUCAUUCCCUUCCUAGCAGCCGUGGGCUUUACAGUUCUGUGUGCAGCAUCCAGCUGAGCCUGUGUCCCAGGGACCGCAAGUCCUGGCCUAACCUAUGCAGCUGACAAGAUCAUGUCUGUGGUCACUCUUGACAGCUCAGAGGGGAGUGUGGGUCUGUGGAGGCUGUGAAAGGCCUCUAGGAGGAGCAGCCUCGGGGGGAGGGGGGAGGGGUGGAGGGGUGGAAAGGAUGAAAGCCUUCCAAAGGCAUCAUAGGCUGCAGGGGAUUUCAAAGGACCACUGAUGCUAGGUAACCACUUCAGUGACCAAGAUGUAGCCCAAAUGUUUAGAGCUGUCUUCCCCGCCUCUUUAAUUAUAGCUAAUUAAGGGUAUUUACAGAACGCUCUGUGUGCUUAUUUCCCUAAGCAGCUCCUUUCUCAAGUUCAUCCUUUGUUUGAGACAGUCUCAUAUACCCCAGGAUGACCCUCUUGCCUGUAAGUACUGGCCUUAUGGGGCAUGUGCCACCACACUCAGCUCCUUGCCUUGAUUCUAGGCUCCCCUCCCCCCGCCAGUCUUGCAAAGGUGAUUUUAGUUUUUAAACCAAUCUAUAAACCUGGAACAGUUGAGGACGUAAUGAGGUACCAUACCAUAUCCGACAUAGGUACACGUUGUGUGAUGCUUAAAACUGGCCUAAGCAUUUUCACCUCAGAUAUUUCCAUGUGGUGAAAUAUCACAAUUCUCUCAGCCUCCAGAUAUGUACAGAACAUUGUUGUUUCUAUAGUAACAGCACAGCAGGGUUUUCACUCCCUUCGACUGUAGCUUAGUAACGGCCAUCAACAUUUCCCCAACACUCUGGAUCUCAGCCUUUUUGAGGGUCGUUAAGCUGUGGAAAUUUUACCUUUGGAAACAAAAGUAUGCCUAAAAGAUUUUCCAAGGUAUCUCAGGAAUAGUCCCACCUUGCCCUUCAUGAUCUGAAUGACACAAGCUGGGAUUCCUAUGUGUUGUCUCUCGUAUUCUCUUUCUUCUCACAGGCUAGAUCAGCACAGGAAAUUCCUGGGCAAAAGACCACUACACAGAGGGCACCGAUGGUGGCAUUAGCUUAGGCAUCAUACAUUCGCCUACAGUGUCAGCCAUCAACAUAAGACCAUAUAAUGCCACUCUUUCUGGGCACCAGCUGGUGGAGAACACAGGUAUAACUUAUCAUCAAUAAGGCCCUGUGUGACAUCUGAGUCUGUACACUGAAGCUGACCACACCCGUCUGUGAUGACCUCACCUACCUGGUGUCAGUCACCAUAAGUGGGGUGAACACCUUCUCAUACUCCUCAGGUCAGCUGAAUGCAGACCUCAGCAAAUCAGCUGUGAACACGGUGCCCUUCCUGCAUCUUUGUCCAGCAGUGCAGUCAGCCAUUCUUUGUCUGGAAAAGCUGAUGGUCCCCAGCAGAGGUCAUGCUCUGCCUGUGAUGCUGACACAAACAGUAAAAUAAGUGGGUGAGGGAAUUAAGACACCAGUACAGCUUUUGCUGAGGCACUGGCAUAAUGAAGCCGUCUUGUAACCGAUGUGGUCAGAACUGUCCAAUGACAGCCCUUCAAAUGGGGGCCAUAAAAGGAGUGAUAACAGCUUUGGGAUGUUCCAAGUCUAGGGCCUCCCUGGAGAAGAAGGGAUUCGAAGCUCUGCUUUGAGGAGGGGUUGAAAUAUUUAGUCUAGGAGCACCAGGGUCUGGAAGUACACAUGGAAACUAGGUAUGACCUACAUAGCAUUAUACCUGUCAGAUCAAAAGGACUUCCUAACAUUUUUAUAGCAGUACAGUUAGACCUGCCGACUGCCUCCAUUGGCCCUUAUCAUUCUAGAACAAGGCGGCAACCUUAACAAUUCCUAUGGCCACAAAGCUCAUUUAUCCAGCUAGCUGAGUUGCUUUGGAAGAAUUCCCAUGAAGUUACAGGUUAGAACCAGGAAAAAAAAAUACCCGGCUCAUUUACUUCUCAUGUGGGAUUCAUGUGAUGCUUUCUUGUCUACUUCUCAUGUUCUCAUGGGGGACUCACGUGAUGCUCUCCGGUCUCUCUUUCACACUCCCGGGGUUGAGCCCUUUGCUGUCCAAAGCGGUCAUCUGCACUCUAGUACUGGCUUUUAUCUUCGUUGGUUCUAUCUCCAUGACCCAUCUUGGGCAUCCUAGGCUCUAGACCAUUCUCAACAUCUCCUGUCAAGUCUCCCAUUCCACAUCAUGGGUGAAGUCAAGCUGAACAUCCCUCAGUGUCCAUAGGUCCUCUGUCUGUAGAGUGACCCAACCUCAAGUAGAAACUAUUUGGAAUGAAAAGUUGCAUCUGUAGGGAGCAUGCGCAGACAUUUUACUUGUUACCCUCUGUAAGCCCUACAGCAUAAACAGCUAUUCACAUGAUGUUUACAUUGCUUAGGUACUGUGGCUCAUCUAAGAGAUGAUUUAAAGUACACAAAGGAGUGUGGAAGGCAUAUAUGAACGGCUUUACAGAAAGGAGACACAUCACACAUAUCUACAAGUUUAUGUAACACUUUCCCAUUGGUACUGAAGGAAAGCCAUGGUAGUUCUCUAUUCCUGGUAAUAAGCCAUUGCAAAGUGAGUGGCUGAAAGCCACACAGUCGGGAGCAGAAACUCAGCGGUGAAAACGAGUCCAUCCGUGAGGAACGCCCAAAGUGAACCUCCUGUUCUACACUGUCAUCUCAAGCUCAGCUCAUUUUACACAAUUCAUCUGAGGGGCUUCUUGUCUCCUUGACUAUUGACCAAAAGCUGCUCUCUCUAUCUGGAAGCUGCCUGGCCAUUCCCCAUGACAUAGUACUUCCUCCUUUCAGGCCAACAGGAGAGCAUCUAGAGCCUGAUGGCCCAAACUGAGCUGCUCUUCUGUCACCAUCUACAAACAGUCUUGUUUUAGGGGCUGUUAGAGAUAGCCUACUCAGGAAUCCUUAAGGUCAACUGAUGUGAAUCCUAACUGCUUAAAAAACCCAUCUCAGCAGUACCUAGAUUAGCAUUUGAACAGUUGGAGAGGGGACAUCUUAGAAUCUGCCCAAUGCACAUGGACUGCAAUAGAUUGGAAACAGCAUGGUCUUUGGACCCAAAUAAACCAGAUAAAGCUUAUCACGGGGUAAAUAAAUUAGCUCACUCGUUAGUAAGCACUAUGGUUGUUUUGCUAAAUGGCAAAGCUGACCUGGCUAAUGAAUUUUAGAGAGUUCACAUAGGUUCAAUAUAUAUAUAUAUAUGCAUAUGUAUGCAUAUAUAUAUAUAUGUGCUGCAUCUUAAUAUUGGUAGCAUUAUAUUAGAAGCAACAUUUGGGGCUAAGAAACAGUAUUAUUUCUUGGUAUCUAAGGGGAUUGAUCCCUGUGGAUGCCAAAAUUAUGGCCAAAUAUUUGCAUACAACCUACACACUUCCUCCCGUUUAAUAUGUAUUGUCUUUAGAUUACUGAUAAACCCUGAUACAGUGUCAAAGCUAUGCAAAUAGUUGUUUAGCAUGACAAGAAAGCUGUUUGUACAUGCUCAGUACUGACACACCUUUCCCUUAAUUUUGGAUAUAUUUCAUCCAUGAUUGGCUGAUUUCAUGAAUGUUGUCCUAUGCAGACAUAGGAGCUAACUAUAGAAAAAAUAAACUUUAAAAUUCACCUUACAUCUGACAUAUGAAGAUAGUGCUUAGGACUGUUUUGCCCACAUGGGAAUGAGGCAUCUAUAGUGACAGAUGUGAAGGAUCACUCCAGCCAACUAGUCAAGCAUUUUUGGGAUUUAUCUUCGAUAAAGGAGGACCAUAAGAACCAGGAAUGAUUUGGGUUUCUCUGAAGAUCCCAGUUUCAGAGUCAGGGGAUUUUUUUUUCUUUUUAACAUCUGAAGUGCUCUUGGCCCAAUAAACACUGUUGACAAUUUCGUUUCAACAUCCCUUUUUAGCCAAAGGAGAUACCUUGGUGUUUUGAAAGCACUUUCCCUUGAUGUUCCUUGGAUACAGUUUCCUAUGCAGAAUACUCUUACAGAAGCAGCAUAGACCACGGUAGGAACCCGGCAGGAGAGACUGUUUCUGAAAUACAGCAGUGUGACUGGGAAAGGCCCACAUGGAGGAGCACACAGAGCUGCCAUUUCUGAGCCAGGCUGUCUCCCUCAUGCUUGCAAAUAUUUGCUGCAAAACUCUCCCCUGCAUGCUUUCUGCAAAGGUAAAAUUAGGCUCUGUUGAAGUAACUGGCUUCCUUCCCUUCAGAAGAGAAGAAAACAUUGAUGUCAACCUCCGCAAGUUGUUAUUUGCCUUGAAAGCGAAAACGAACAGAUCUUGGGCUCAGGAACACUCUGGAAGAACUGAAUAGUGUUCUUUCUACAGGAGCUUGGCUGGGUGGAGGGUGCCCUGCUCAGCCCCACCCAAAUCCCUUUGCAAACAGAUUUGGUGAGAUGUGAAAGCCAAUGUUUUGUGAAUAGGUAACGAAGGAAACAAAGUUGCAAAGCUUAUGGGAACAAGGUCUCCUGGUUCUGGGUACCUCACAGAGCUGGUCACCUCUACUGCCCUACUGCAUGGUGCAGAGGGUUCCUGGGGACCUACAGACCCAAGGGACUUGUGUAGGGAGGAACGUUCAAAAGAUGCCUCAGCUAAAACUACAUACCACUGGUUCCCAUGGACCAGGAGUACGAAUGGUGUCUUAGGGUUUUACUGCUAUGAACAGACACCAUGGCGAAGGCAACUCUUUUUUUUUUUUUUUUAGAUUUAUUUAUUUAUUUUGUAUAUGAGUACACUGUAGCUGUCUUCUGACACACCAGAAGAGGGCAUCGGAUUCCAUUACAGAUGGUUGUGAGCCACCAUGUGGUUGCUGGGAUUUGAACUCAGGUCCUCUGGAAGAGCAGUCGGUGCUCUUAACCACUGAGCCAUCUCUCCAGCCCUCGAAGGCAACUCUUAUGAGGACAACAUUUAAUUGGGGCUGGCUUUAGGUUCUGAGGUUCAGUCCAUUGUCAUUAAGGCAGCAACAUGGCAGUAUCCAGGCAGGCAUGGUGCAGACAGAGCUGAGAGUUCUACAUCUUCAUCUGAAGGCUGCUAGUAGAAGACUGACUUCCAGGCAGGUAGGAUGAAGGUCUUAAAGCCCACCCCCACAGUAGGACACACCUACUCCAACAGGGUCACACCUUCUAAUAGUGCCACUCCCUGGACCAAGCAUAUGCAAAACAUCACAGAUGGUAAGAGGAGGAUGUGCACACAUCAGCAUGGGGAGCAGAGGAUCAAAAGGGUUCAGUUAAGAAGAGCAGUGCGUCUUAGCCUGCCUAAUGCUGCAACCCUUUAAUACAAUUCCUGAGGUUACAGUAAACCCCAACCAUAAGACCUGUUUUGUUGUCCCUUCAUAACUAUAAUAUUGCUACUGUUAUGAAGCGUAAAAUAAAUAUCUUAUAUGCAGGAUAUCUGAUAUUUAAUCCUGUGAAAGGGUUAUUCAACCCCCAAAGGGUCGUGACCCGUAGGUUGAGAAGUAUUGAGUUAGAGAAUCACAUAGAAAGUUUCAGUCAGCUUUCUGUCACUGUGACAAAAUACCCUAGAUUAAAAAAAGGGUAUAGGGUUGGGGAUUUAGCUCAGUGGUAGAGCACUUGCCUAGCAAGCGCAAGGCCCUGGGUUCGGUCCUCAGCUCUGAAAAAAAAAAAAAAAGAACUUUAAAAAAAAGGGGUAUAAGAAGGGAAGUUCCACUUGGCUCAGAGUUUCAGCAAUUCGGUUCAUGACUGGUUGAUUGGCUCUGUGGGCCAGAGCUAGACGUGUACACUAGUGUGGAAACUGACGGUGACAGAAAGUGUGUGAAUGGAGGCUAAGAAUGGAAAGAGAAAGGGGAGGUGGGACUCCAGUCCCAGUAUCCCCCUCUAGGGCACUCUCUCAGCGACUUAACUUCCUUCUACUAAAUCCCACUUCUUAAAGGUUCCACCACCUCUUAUAGGAUUAGACAUUAGGGAGCAAGCCUUUAACACAAGAACAUUUGGGGGAAAUGGAAAAUGCAAACUAUGGCACUGAACAUAAGUUGAUUGUGAUUUAUAAGGGAGUAUAUGAGACAGAGUGAACACACAUGGGACCUUCGGCAGCCAGAAGCCCAAAUAAACCCUCCCCAUCUUAUUUUAUCUGAUAUUUUGGCACUGUGGCAAGAAUAAUAAGAAAUGUAAGCUCCUUGAGUGGGAGAGGGAGAGAAGAGGGCAGAGAGAGGGAGAAGGGGAUAUAGGAUAUGAUUAUACCAGCUGUAAUAGCUUAGAUUUAUGUAACUAAUAUUAUCAUGUGGCAGGUGGUAUUGUAAGUGUUGUCACACAUUAGUCUGUUUCAGUCUUCGUAACAGCCCCAGGGAGGUACGAUUUUCCUCAGUGUUCAUGGAGAUAGCCCAGAUCCAUAGAUGCUUCAAGUCUCUUCUAUAAGACAAUAUUGAAUCUGCAUAGCCUAUGCACAGCCUCCUAUGGACUGAACAUUAUUUCUAGAUUGCUAACAAUGCCUGACAUUAUGCCCAUCAUGCUGUAUUUACUAUGUGUGUCAUAUUGUACUGUUCAGACAAUGACAACAAUCAGAAGCAUUUAUUGCAAAUAUUUUUAACUCCUUAAAUAUAGUUAGGUGAAUGACCAUAUGCAGAGGGCUGGUAAUAUUAUUCCCAUUUCACAGAUGAGGAAGUGGGUAAGAAGAGGUUAGGUGUUUGAGAUUUGCAUUCACUCAGCCUCUAUGGCCUGUGCUCUUACCAGUCAGGGAAUGGGGUUGGGGGGAUUCUUCCCCUCUCACAAAACAGCCUUGGCUAUAUGACACAAUCCAUUCAGAGGAUGCAGUAUGGCCCAGGUGAUGGAGAGAAUGACAGCAGUGUGGGGUGUGGGAUUGCAUGUGUCUGAGACUUUGUGACGUUGCAUUUAAGUCAAAGAGUAAGAAGAUGGUAUUUGUUUUUUUUAAAGAUUUAUUUACAUAUAUAUAUAUAUAUAUAUAUAUAUAUAUAUAUAUAUAUAUAUAUAUAUAUAUAUAUACACACUCCUGCUGUCUUCAGACACUGCAGAAGAGGGCAUCCGAUCCCAUUACAGAUGGUUGUGAGCCACCAUGUGGUUGCUGGGAAUUAAACUCAGGACCUCUGGAAGAGUAGUCAGUGCUCUUAACUGCUGAGCCAUUCCUCCAGCCCCUAGUAUUUGUUCUUAAUUACAAAGGCAAAGAUGCUAAAAUUACAUUCAAAAGGAAAACAUCUCAUCCCACAAGUAGAGGAAAAGGACGAUAUUACCGUCAAAUAUCAAUAGUGAAACACACACAACUAGAGAUGAGUGGAUACAUUAGACCUCUUUUUACUUUCUAAAUUUUAAAAUACAAGUAUUUUGUGUGCGUAUUUGCACAUGUGCCCAAGUGCACUCACACACAUGUGGAAAUCAAAGGAGAACAUUUUGUGAAGUCAGUUCUCUCUGCCCACGUUUAUCAGGGAUCCAGGGAAUGAACUCAGUUUGUAUGGCAAACAUCUUUAUUUGCUGAGCCAUCAAAUUUUUAAAUUUAUAACCAAGACAUGUACAUAAUGUGCGUGUAUUUAUGGGGUUAGAGCUCAACAGAGCUCUAGAAGCCUGGAGGUGCCUCUCCCGUCACCAAUGGCCUGACACAUCCUUGGAGGUGCUUGAAAACUAUCACUACACACUUUACUCUCUCUAUUGUUAUCAGGUACAAAGUGAAUACAUUUGAUGGGGUUAAUGCUGAAUCUAAUGUUUUCAGAAUUUUAGGACCCUUGUAAGGGGACUGAUCAAUCUGUCUCAAGAAUGUCUGUCACCUAUAGAAGGAACAUCCGUCAUGGUUGCAUCUAACAUGUGAUGUGCCCACAGAACAUAGUUCACCAAAGCUUUCUCAUGAAGACCCUUCCUGGGGGAGCCUGAUAAAGGCAAAGUGAGAAACCGGGCAGAGUGAGAGACCGGAGUCCAUGUCAUCGUCCACCUUCUAGUUCUAAUUUUGUCAUUGCUAUUCUGCAAUGCCUUAGGGGACAGACACUGUUAGUAACAGCGAUUCUAAAGCAGGAAAUGGCCUAUGGUUGGAGGACACUGUUGUCCUUUGCCAUCCAUCCUGUCCAAUAGCCAGCAGAACUGCUCCUUUUAGACAAGAAAGACAGAUAAAAGGAGAGAGGGGCUAUUCUCCCCCUCCCCCCAAAAACAUUUCAGAGACCUGUUCUAGAGCCGGGAUAGGGAGUGUUAACUUGGCUCAUCCCCUCCUGUCAUGCACCGGAGCUCCACAAAGCAGCCUUGCUUUGUGAUAGUAUGAUGAAGUUUGAAUAUUCAUACUGGAGAGAGAAGAAAGCAGACCCAGCCCUCAGAUGAGUCACUUUGGGCAGGGCAGGCAUUGUUUGAAAUCUGUGACUCUGGCUAUAAAUUAAUAGAUAUCAAGGCUGGAUGCCGGAUGGUGGAUGCAGGCUCACUCGGGACAAGGCCCAAAGCAGAAGGCCUUCAGAAGCUAUUGUCUGCCCUGAGCAACAGUCACUGUUCACUUACUUUAGGGUCACUCUGUGUCAGAGCACAUGGGUGCUGCUUGUCCUUCAGCACAGUAUUUUCAUCUGGUGAGGUAGGCUCAAAGGUGAGCAUGGUUGCUGGAGGAGCCAGCUAGGAAACAGUAGAAAAAUGUCACUACUCUCUGCCUGCUAGGAACCCUCACACCCCCAGGAUCAUAUCCUCUCUUCCUCUUGGUCUUAAACUUCCAUUAUGAAUGAAGCAACAAAGGGCAGUAGGCAACUGUUUCAGGGAACUUUUGUGCAAUGCCAUAAUCAGUGACAUUCUCCAAAGAAGGGCCAUUUCUGCACAGGUUCUGAAAGGUUCUAGCUAAUCAUGAAGAGCCAAGAUGUGGAGCUGGAGGCAAAGUAGGGGAGAAGCUGGAGGCCCAGCCUUGUCCCUGGGAAGAGGAUCAGUUGGACAAGCUAUCAGUGGGGACCCAACAGCUUGGGGAUGGGUAGGAGAAAGAAGAACAUUUAGGACAUCCAUCCCCAUCUGAGGAGGUACCAGCACAGCCUGCCUGGAGGUCUGGUUCCCUGAAGCAGAGCCCAUGAUGAUGUAACUUCACUGGGGCUUAAUCACGAGUGACUGGCUUGUGGCUCCUGCCUCAGCAAAUGACCCAAUAUUAACAUGGCAAACAAGAUCCACAUUUACAACAGCAUCGCCUUGGACUUUAUGGAGGCAUUUUCACUCCAUAAACUCAACCGGCUUUCAUAUACACCUUCUCAUUUCCUGUUCACAAAGCCAGCUCCAAGGCACCUAUAAUUAUGUAAUGUUUGAAGAAACUGGCUCCCAAGAGGAAAAGGUGGAGGAAGCUCCUGUUUACCUCUCCACUGUGCCAGACCAACCAAGAGUAACUCCUGGUGGUCCAGUCCUAGUGCCAAGCCUUUGAGACUCACCCAGGGUUUCUGCUAAUAGAAACAUUGCAAGUUCUUUGGCUUCCUCCCUUUGUAGCUGAUCAGAUUUUAAACCUUGCUUUUUCAAGGGGAGGAAUCAGGGUAGUGAUGAUGCCUACUGUAGGACAGUACUAGCCAACAGGAUGUAUGUGAACCCCGAAUGUGGGCUGCAACAGUGUUUUUAUGUUUUCCUGGUAAUCACAUUUUUAAAAGUGAAAAAAGUGAGUCAUUAAAAAUAUAUUUUAAACACUGUCCAAAA